UGAAGACGGAUAUGCAUAUCAAGGGUCUUUACAGUCACAAGGACAGCCUUGAUUCUGAUACCGUUUCAACUGCUAGUUCUGAGAUCACUACCAAUGAUGAUGCAAAUAACUGGAGUGGCGUUUUUGGAGCCUCGAGUCUACUCUUUCAGGUUUCAAGAGCUAUUGGGAUUUUGCCGGCAGAAGCGGUCAAAAACAAACCAAGCCACACAACUGUUAGCAAGGAAAAAGAGCCAACGCAGGUGUAUAAGCCAAACGGCGGCACUAGAAUAUACAGUUUUCUGCUCUAUCUUGCUGGGAUUGGGCUUGGUUGCGUUUCGAUAUAUUACCGGACCAUGGCAAUGCUCAUGCUAAUCGAGUCAAAGCAGGAGGACAAAAACAAGGAUGUGGAUAGCGUUAAUCUGUAUUUCAAACUGGCCUACACACUGUUCACUCUGCUCUUUUGCUUGAUUUACGCUAUCUUUUCUCGUUUCUCAAGUGAGUCGUUCGGCACAAUUUUUACUUGCCUCGAUCAGGUUGACGAAUCAUUCCAUUACUCGGACCACACUCCAGCUACAAAGAGGGCCCUCUACCAACUCUUGUUCAGCGCCCUGGUCCUUCCUCUUGCCGUGUCCGACUGCUACUCGAUGACCAUCGAGUUUAAUUUAACAGAAGGGCCGUUGUACGCGCACGUGGGUUUUGCAAUGCAUUUCCUCGCUUUGGUAGCCAACGUAAUUGUGGAGCAGCAGUUUAUUGCCCUGUGCCUGGCGCUGAAGGAGCGGUUUGAGUUCCUCAACCUGAAUUUGAUUUCACUGCAACCACUGGUGUUUCCUGAAUAUGAACACGCCGACGUCAAGUUCAAAACCAAUGACCUCAAUGAGCAACUUUUUGCCAUUGCAAGGUCAGAGUUUGCAGGCGCCCUCAAGUACAAUAAGCAGAAAUUCAACGAGCAGGGAUUAAGCUCAACCCAGAGGUCUGGUCUUGUUACCCCGUCAGGCCCCUACGUCCGUUCAGCUUGGGGAAAAGAAACCACCACAACACCACUCAACCCUAUCAACACCGGUUCAAUCUUUGAGAGCCCUCCAGUUUCUCUUAAGGCCAGACUUGCACUUUUGAGGCGCGUCCAUGACAGUUUAAGUGACAUAAUGGGUCAGGUGAAUGGUUUGUACGGAGGAUGUCUCUUGGCCAGCAUAAGUUUUAUAUUUUGUGGCGUUCUUUCACUAUCUUAUUACGUGGUCAAUAAUGCCCUGUACCCCAAACCCGGAGGAGGAAACAGCGUGGUGAUCAGUUUGGUUCAGUCAAUUUUGUGGCUCCUUUAUUUGAGCGCCCGCCUGAUCGCGCUUGCUUGGGCUUGUGCUAGUACAACUAAAGAGGCCCAACGAGCUGGACCUUUACAUCAGAAGCUCACCCGAAGAACUUUAGAUUCGAGCACCAAAGAGGAACUUCACCUCUUUUCAACCCAACUUCUGCAAAGAGACAUUGGAUUUUCUGUCUGUGGACUUUUCCCUCUUGACUUCACUUUACUUUACACGGUUGCUGGCGCCGUUACAACUUAUCUCGUCAUUUUAAUUCAAUUCCAAUCAGUCCAGCCCAACACCAAAUCUUCAAACGCAACCUCCACCACGAUGUCGCCGUUUAGCACGACGAAAAAAAGCAAUUAGCAUAAUUGAUCAAAAUUUCACUGCACAAAAAAUUUAUCAAUUUGUUUGCACCGCGCCUUGGGGCUUUUUGUCAUAUAUGUGAUGUUUGCAUUAGCCACACACUAUUCAUUGACCCUGCGAGGUCACCCCACUUAUCAACUCUAUUCACCCAGAACAAAGGUCGUUGAGAGCAGCACCCGAGAACUUCACAUAUAUAUUCAAUUUUCUAAUGUGUUGUGUCAGCCGCCUGUCAUGACUCGCAAUAUAAUAAUGUGGCCACCGUGUUUAUUAUUGAUUCUAUCGAUUUGCUGCUUUAUAUUCUCUACCGCUAAUUGUUUUCUUCGACCGCGCGUAACUGAAUCAAGGGAUAUUUUUUCGUUUGACGGAAUAUGGGACUUCAAAUUGGCACCCAGGACGGACC